AUGAUCCCAGACUCAAAGAAUAGUAUAACGACCACUUCAAGUCCAAAUAUCACUUAUGAUCAACCAAUCAGAGACGAGUUAGGCGUAGAUUUUUGGACUAAUCACUCUAAUUAUAAAAGGGAUGUAAAGCCCGAGGCAUUGCCUCUUAAGGAAUCCAUCAUGACAUAUCUGGAAGAAUUUUCUGAUAAAAAUCCUGAUGAGAUCUUUGGAAAACUCGUCGACGAUAGCAUUGGCACAUUAAUCAAAGUGUGUAAGUACAUCCAUUUUGCCCUAACAGCAGUUGCCAUUCUCCAACUAGUUUUCACGCUUAUUGUGCUUAAAAGACAGCGAGCUACCUGCAUUGCACCAAUUGGCAGUCGGUUUACCAGAGGUGCAACUUGGCUUGUCGCUUGUCUUAACGUAUUAAUGAUUGCAUCAAAUUGUGUUAUCAUUAUUUGCUUUUGGCAAAAAAAUUAUUCAUUGAGUGAAUAUGCUCCCUUAAUGUAUUCUGGAGCAAGCUAUGGUACAUUAUGGUUCUUAAUCACGCUAUUCACAGUGCUGGGGUAUGGAAGAGGUAUUUGUGCCUUUAUAAACAAACGUUUUCUUCUAUAUAUAAUGUACUACAUGAUGUAUGGUACUGUUUAUGGCUUCUUUGCUUGGUUUAUCAACAGCUGGCUUUGCGGGUUUAUUCAUUGGAUUGUUGGCCCAAAUAUGGUUCUUUUUUUAUUUGUUGAAGUUGUAAUUCGAACACUCUUUGUUAAAAGUGGGUACACGUGCAUGCGCAAGACCGUUAAAAAAUCCGAAGCUGUUCCUAAGCAUGGUAUUGUAUGA